AAGGAAACAGGCGAUUUAAUCCUUCACAUCAUCCGUUCUCGACAUCAUGAUCCUCCAGACUACCAUCAGCAAUUCUCCACUUUCAAAUAACAUAAUCCGUGGUUGGAUUUGCCGACAGCCUUCGAGGAGAUGGGUUGGCGAGAGUUCACAGAGCUCUAGACGGGUUGGAGGCGGAUCCGUUUAAACUCGAUCGCACAAGAAGACGGUUUAGCCAGUCUCCAUCACCAUAUACAUCAAACCUAUCGGGCAUGACAACUCAAUCUGCGAGUCCUGAGCUUCCCAGCGACGAACAGCAACGAAGGGAGCAGCGGGAGCAAAGAUUCCAGUGACGACGGAAGCUUAUGGAUGAGUGCGCGGCCUCACUUCCUCUGCAGCGAUUCGAAGCCCAAAGAGAUGAAGAAGCGAGACGGUCUUGGAAUGCAGAUCCGCCCACGAAUUGGACGAGCGAGAGCCAUAUACCUAUCGGAGGUGCCGAAGAAGAGGCUAUUGAAACGGUCAAGAAGCGCUGGGUUGAGCAAGGCAUCUGGAAGGACAAGUGGGAUGAAAUGGCUGCUGGGCGGUAUAGGAAUAUUGGGCCGUGGAAGCAUGAAGAACCGCUCGAGCUGGAAUCUGAAUCAGAGAUGGACACAGAAGGAGAGUCCCCACCUCCUGCCUUCAGUAUUUUUGGUAUACCUCAGAAGCCGUCGCAGCCGAAACCCAGACGGCCGAGGAGUGAUGACGAGGAGCGGCUGAUUGCGGAGCGACGAGUCAUAUGGGAGCAGGAACGUGAGUCCUCACGUCCGUAUUAUCAGUUCAUCCAUUAGAUAUUGAAGGAGCACGAGCGAAUCCAUGGCGAAUACGCCAAUGGGCAAGGUGCUGAUGCUACUAACAUCAACACAGGGGCGUAUGAAAAUAUCAAGAACACCUGGAAAAAGCGAGGGAUUUGGAACGAAAGAUAGGGUAUACUACCUAGGAUGUCGUGGAAGCAUGAAGAACCUCUUGAAGAGGAGACCGUCGACAGUCUUGCGCCUACUCUAGCGAACCUGCUUGUGAACGGCAGCAGUGAAGCAGGAGAAGCUCCUCCUAGACGAAUUUUUGGGUUUACUCUUCUCGUCGAGAGGCAUAUAUCUGCAACAAGAAACACUCGUAGAUGGUUAAGCAAUUCCAAGUCCUCGCC